AUGAGGUUUUUACUUUUUGGCUUAUUUGCCCUGCUGGCCAUGACUGUGGUGGUCUCCGAUGCCGCCUCAGAGGUGUACGAACUGCAGCGUCGCGUGGGAGUUGCGGGUGACUGGGAGUUUAUCAGCAGUAUGACGAUUUCACGUGGCCCCGUUGGUGCCACUGCGAAGCUGAAACAGAACAAAGACGCACAGGAUUCUGGAAAAGAUAUUGAUUUGACGAAGGAGAAGAAAACGGCGCUGGCAAAGGCGCAGUUUGUUUACUACCGUCUCGUGCGUAAAGGCGACAAGGAUGGUAUCAACGCCGUGUCUGUGGUUCUCACGCCAUGUUCUCUGGUUCGCGACUUUGACGCUUUGGACUCUCGCACCGUCGUGCUGCGGGAGUCGCUGCGUGUGGCCGUUGGCCCCGACGCGACGGUCGUAGGGCUUCAGGCGACCAGCGGGACAAACACAUUUCAUGCAAAGAUGCUCAACGGUGACGAGUGUGACCUCAGCAUCCUCUCGCUCUUUCCGAAUGUUCGGAUGCGUGUCAGCGUUGGCCUGGUGGAGCCGACAGCGCCACGCAGCCUGCCGGACUACGCUGAACUCGACACGAUUGCACGACUCAGCGAUUCGAAGUCAACUGGCAGCAAAGACCGCAAAGGCAAGAAAAGUGGCGCCGCCCCCUCCUCCUACGGGGACCACCCUUCAGAACAACAACAGGCGGGGGUUUUGGGGGAGAAAGACGAGGGGGAGGAGCCAGAGGAGGAUAACCGUACAUUUCUUCAGAAGUAUUGGACGUUUCUUGUGAUUCCGUUUUUAGUGAGUGUUAUUCAAGGUCUUCUUUCAAAGAGGCAAUAA